UGUCACUCUGCCCUAUGAAGCAGCACGAGUUACGGCGGACUUGGUGACAGCAGCCAAGUGAAGUCGAGUUAGUCGGUGAAUUGGGUUUUCCAAUAGGCGCAAUCGCAAAAAAAAACAUCUCCUCAAGCCGAAGCCGAGGGGAUCAUUCUCUUUGAUUCCGUAUUUCUUCAUGUCUUAUUUACACAGUCUAAGACCCUGAACCCCGCAGUUCUGUUCUUAGCGGGCCGCGGACCCUCAACGUCGAACUAUUGACGCAUUCGUCAAGUGUCACCGUCCAAAGCAAGAAACACACCUUCGACAUCUCCGAGAUACAACCUAUUGUACCAAGCUCUCACACCAAAUAUUAGACAAUGGACCCUCAAGACCGCGGGCCGUGGGAGGUCUCCGAUGGCGCUUGCUACGUCGCCCUCACCUACGACCUCCUCGACGCCACGUCCAUCAUGAACCGAGUCCGCUCACCACAGGCCGGGGCCAUCGUCCUCUUCUCCGGCACAACGCGCGACACCUUUGGUGACAAGCCCGUCAAGGAGCUCCAGUACAGCGCGUACACUCCGCUCGCCCUUCGUACGAUGCUCACCAUCUCCAAGAGCAUCCUUGAGCGGCACGGCCUCAAGGGGGUUGCCAUGAUUCACCGCCUUGGCACGGUACCCAUCGGCGAGGAGAGCAUCCUGAUUGCCGUCUCGUCCCCGCACAGGCAGGCGGCGUGGAGGGCGGGCGAGGAGGCGCUGGAAGAGUGCAAGGCCAAGGUCGAGGUAUGGAAGCGAGAGGAGUUCCACGGGGAAGAGGGCGUGUGGAGGGCGAAUCGAGACGGCGUCGCUGGACAGAAAGUGGUCGACGCAGACAGCGAGGCUGGGGAGCGUGCUCAACAGCCACCGGCUCCUGCGUAGAGACCAACGACCUGCUUAGAGACACAAAGAGUCUAUUUAAUGUGGUUCUGGGUGCAACUACACAUCAACAUUUAUCAAUCGUCGAGAUGGUGCCCGAAUACUCUCACUCGGGGGAGACCUACGCCAGAUACCUAUAUCUACUGUCUAUUAUCCGUAGACUGCCCAAACCAGCAACCUCUUAACACAUCACAAGGCCAAAUUCCCAAUACAUCCAACGUCUUCCGAUGUAGAAAUAACAAUGGCGAUGUCGGACUUGUCACAAAGAAAAGAAACCGCAGGGGCUGGGAGUGGCUUGCACCAGUCAUCGGGUAGUCGGUCUGUCAGGUUUAGUAAGCACUCUAAACCACUAGUGACUUUGUCUUAGUUGGCAACCCAAUACUUCUUCUUUCUCCCUCGCAACUUUCCCUCGAAGCCAACAAAGCAAAACCCCAAACGCUGAGUCUAGGUUGGAGGUUUGACACGUCUCUUAUUCCCCUCUUUGCUGAAAUGUUACCGAGUCAGCUUGACUCCUG